UGAAAAUGUUGGUGACUUACAAUCUUAAGGCCUUUGCUUUUGCCGUGACUGUAAUCAUGACGGCGAGCCUCUUAAGAUGUGUUUCAGUGGUGGGUCAACUUCGAGUUGGCUUCUACGCCAAGACAUGUCCCUCCGCUGAAUCUAUUAUCCGCAAGGUCGUUCAAGACUCCACUGCCGAUGAUCCCAAGAUUGCUGCCGUUCUGCUCAGGCUCCAGUUCCAUGAUUGCUUUGUUCAAGGCUGUGAUGCAUCAAUACUGAUCAGCACCGAGCACGGCGAAAUAGAAGCAGGUGGUAACUUGGGCGUGGGCGGUUUCGAGAUCGUAGAAGACGCCAAAACGCAGCUGGAAGGGGUUUGCCCUGGUGUAGUUUCUUGUGCCGAUAUUGUGGCUUUAGCCGCAAGAGAUGCCGUGUUAUCGGUUCAGGGACCAUUCUAUGAAGUCCCCACCGGGCGAAGAGAUGGAAGGAUUUCAAGCGUGUCCUUGGCCGAGAACUUACCAGAAGUAGAUGAUCCUAUUGAUAUUCUCAAAUCCAAGUUCAAUAACAAGGGUCUUUCAGAUACCGAUCUUGUACUUCUCAGUGCAGGUGCACAUACAAUUGGACUGACGGCUUGCUUCUUCAUGCAAACAAGGCUUUACAAUUUUAAUUCAAGUGGUGGGUCUGAUCCUGCAAUCAACCCUGAGUUACUGCCACAGCUCCAGGCUAAAUGCCCUCUGGGUGGAGAUGUGAACGUGAAAAUACCGCUUGAUUGGGGAAGUGAACUGACAUUCGACGAUCAAAUCCUGCGCAACAUCAAGAAUGGAUUCGGUGUGAUUGCAUCAGAUGCCAGGCUUUAUGAUGAUGAUAACACGAGAAGAAUCAUUGACUCGUAUGUAGGUUUAGCCUCGGCUGAUUUCAUGGCAGAUUUUGCUGGAGCGAUGGUGAAAAUGGGUAAUAUUGAUGUGAAAACAGGUUUAGAAGGAGAGAUUAGGCGUGAUUGUCGUCGUGUUAACUGA